AGUGGUCCCACCCAACGCGCCAUUUUCAGAAGCGUAAACCUCGCAAUUCUUCCGCAUGCUAUGAUCCUCUGCAUCACACCCUCAUCAAAUCACAUGCAGACUACCUCCCCUGAUCUCCACAUGUCCCCCAAAUCACCAUCAUCUCUCACUUUCUCUCUCUCGAUCGUUACCUGUAGCUUUCCCGCUUUUUUGAACCGUUCUUUAGGCCGUUAAACCCCUACUUCCCCUUUCUUUCUGUUAGUCAAGAGAGGAGAGAGAAAGUGUCAGGUUUUUUCUGACACAGCAAUGAUUUGGUACUGAUUUUGUUAUUGGUUUUUCUUAACUUGGGUAUAAAAAUUUGGGUGGUUGAUUUCUCUGGGGUGAUCAAAAAGUUCUUGGUAUUUUCCUUGGAGAAGAAGGUUUUGAGUUCAAAGCAGAGAGUUGCACACCAAGUGUUUGACGAAAUGAGUCACUUAGAAAGAGCAUUAGAAUGGUUAAGGCCUUUGGUUUUGAACUCUAAUAUUUGGGAUUAUUGUGUUCUCUGGAAGCUUGGUGAUGAUCCUUCCAGGUUUAUAGAGUGGCUGGGUUGUUGCUGCAAUGGUGGUGGGAAACAGGACAUUGGUUUAAAAAAGAGGAAGAAAGAGAAGAACAACACAUUCCAAUUUUGCAGGGAUGCUACUUUUGUUCACUUCGCUAAUACAACAUCUUGUCAAUCUCUUGCCAAUUUGCCUCAAUUUAUGUCAAUCUAUUCUGGGCUUCACGGAGAAGUUGUGAUUUCGUGUCAACCUCGGUGGCUUGCUAGUACUUCUGAGAUAUCUGAUUUGAAGGUGUCAACCGAGGAAUCCUGUGGAACUCAUGUUUUAAUCCCUGUGCUUGGUGGUUUAGUAGAACUGUACUCAUCAAAACAUGUAGAAGAGGAUGAAAGUGUUAUAGAUUAUGUGAAGGGUCAGUUCAACAUCUACGCAGAGCUAGAAACCAUGUCAACCUCUACUAUAAGCUUUGAUGGACAAUCCAUUGAUCCAAUUUUCGAUACAAAAUCAAAUAGUUGUCUAUCGUCCUUAAAUCAAUCCAACAUGCCAGCUUGGCCUCAAUCCACUUUGGAUGGAUCCUCCACUGGUUCGUUUCCUUCAGAUGAGCGUCCUUCUCCUGAUUCCAACCCUUGUUCUGUAUCUCAAGAUACAUUCUUCAAGCCGCUUACUGUCUGUCACGACAAUUCUACCAUUGAGAAAGACAUACGAGUAGUGGAGAUUAAACACAAGCCAGAGAGAGGAACAGGAAAAUCUAAGAAUCUUUUAACUGAGAGGAAUAGGAGACAAAGGAUUAGCAAUGGCCUUCUUUCCUUGCGUGCUUUGGUCCCUAAGAUCACCAAGAUGCACAAAGCUGCAACUCUAGCAGAUGCCAUUGAUUAUAUAGAAGAGCUAAAUAAUGAGAUCAAGAAACUCCAAGAUGAGCUUAAAAGUUUGAUGGAAGAGGACUCUGACGAAAAGAAUACAUCAAAGCUGAACAUUUCCCAUUUGAAUGAAAAUAUCAGCAACCCUAAACAAGCUAAUUCUUCUAUCACAGAAAGGCCAAAACUGGAGGUUCAUGUACAAGUAAAUGAGCUUGGUAGUGGUAACUUCUUGCUGAAAAUUGUAUGUCAACAAAAACCCGGUGUGUAUACAAAGUUGCUCGAGGCUUUAGGUGCUUUAGAUUUGCCCAUAAAAGAUGCCAAUCUCACGACAUGUGAUGGAAAAGUAUCAACCAUUUUUACGGUGCAGUCGAACAAGAAAGAUAUUCGAGAGAAGGACUUGAGGGAAUCAUUGGCUAGCCUAACAGGAUAAAAGUAUGCUCCCCAUGAAGAUCAGCAACAUAUUUCACCCAGCAACUUGGGCAAUAGUUAUUGUGUUAUAGUUAGUUAACCUUUCGAGAUUUGAUCUUCUCUGUAAUUAGCAGCUACCCUUCUGUUCUUGGUUUGUAGUUUGUAGUUUGUAGUUGAACUCUUAUCCUUUCUUUAUGUAUAUAGCGGAGUACAAUAGUUACAAUCCAAGUACUUACCAAAUAUGAAGUAUAUAGCAAGUUCAGUUUA